GUGCUCGGAUGGAAAAUGCGGAGCUGGCCGGAGGCAGCUGGGUUUCAGUUCCAGUUCUGCGAGCCCAAACACCGAGCCUGUGGACAUUAUUGUAAAAAUACUUGUGAUUUACCGACAAACAGAACUGUUCAACAAAGUAAUACCGUAGUUCGGGACACCAUGGUGGGUGGACAUUCUGAAGAAGGGAAACUGGAAUUCCAUCGAAAGAGCAAAGUGGACCACGUUCGGAGAAACUUAUUCGGCCCCGUUGAUCACGAGCAGCUACAGCAAGAUUUUCAGCAUUUACUGCGGGCCAAUAUUGAAGCUGCCGGACAAAAAUGGAACUAUGACUUCGGUCGGGAAGUUCCGUCGGAAGGGACCCUUGAAUGGGAAGAAUUGAAAUGCCACGAUGUUCCAGCUUUUUACAGGAGCCGUGUUAUCAGCAUAGGGAAACACUCGUGUGGGGUGCAGGAGCCUGCAGUGGACAGGAGAAGCUGUGAGCUGCCAGUGCCUCAAAGCGAGCAAUUCAAAGCUCAACUUACCCCUGAACCCAAGAGAAGGAAACAGACCCGCAUAACAGAUUACUAUUCGACAAAGAAGAGAUAUACAUGCCCAAUCCACCACAGCAGAAAAAAGUAGUCUUACAGAACGGAAGACCUAGAGAUGAUUUCAAGGGACUAAACAUCACUUGGAAUAAAACUGCCUUGGGUUCAUGAAGAAAAUGUAUUAUGAAAAUUUUUUGUAUGCAAACCUUUUUGUUCAGCUAUAGCUGAUCUACAAAUUGGAUGUGAAAAUGAAUCACAAUUCGGGUACAAAUUACACUAAACAAAACAAUUGUUGAGCAGUAGACUGAGACUCCCAUCAUUGAACAGCUCAUUCUAUUUUGACGUUGGAUUUCUGGAUUUAAUUUUUCUGAACUUCCGUUGGAUGCUAAAAACAAAAUCUAAAACUUGCAGAAGAAAAACGAUUAACUGAGCUCUUACAACCUGACUGUUGCUAUUUGUAUCACAAAAUGAUUCCCAUAUUUUCUACUGCAUGCUGAUUUUGUGUGCAGAGUGAAUUUUAGUAGCUGUUUCCUCAGUGAAUAUUGAUAUAUAUUCUGAUUUUUUUUGUUCUUAUUUUGGAAAUUGUCUUCUUUUGCAGUCUUUGAGUGAUCUCUACCUUCAAAUAAACACAGUAUAUUGCCCAGCUACAAUGCGUUAAAGGGUUGUAAUGUUGACAUUGUCAACACUGUGUUCAAAUCACAAAUAUCAUAACAUUAGCUAAGGAUCAAUAACUCCCAACAUCUGCUUUUAUACUGAAAAUGAAACUAGGUAGGUUCCCCUCGGAUAAUCAUGAAACCUGUUUGGUUCAGAAAUGCAAGGUUGUAGACUGUCCACUAGAUUGCAUGGAGCAGGAAUCAAGAAAUUGGAAAAAGUAUCACGCCUCACUACAGCAUGAAAUGUAGUUGGGUGGAUAGCUUGCCCAGAAUUGUUGGGAGUCCGAUCUUUAUUUUAUUUUGUCAGCUCUGUUGUCUUUUGUAAAUCUAACUUGUUUGAAUUUUGAUUGAGGAUUAUUCAUUUAUCCCAUAUUUAGAUUUCUCUUGUCCAGUUCAUCUAUGUUGUUUAGCUGUGCAGAAUUUUUGUUGAGACAGAUGCCAAGAAGAUUUUACUGUGUUAGUUAUAAACUGGGCAGAAUAUCGUGAGAUCUGAUUUGCCCCUUUUUUGCUAUCAGCAGAGGCAUUAUCCAUUUCCUUUUUUUUAUUGAAAUGAUUUUGCCUUGCUCAUCUAAAGCAAACAAGUAUCCCACAACUUCCAUGGAAAAUGGUUUUGCAGGAGUUUAGAUGACUAAUUUAAGCAAAAAAAAAUGGAGUCUCAUAGAAGAUAUGCAAUAUCAGAAUUUGCAAUUACUUAUUUCAGAUCAGCCUUACAGCCAUAGCCUGUGGAAUCCCAACUCCAAUUUUGUGUCAUGAGUGGAGACCAAUUUGUCAGAGAAGGUGUGCAGCUUGUGGAUGUUUAAUUUAUGUCAAUUUGGUUGGACUAAUAUUUGCUCUAGUCCAAUGUUUGGGUAUGUAAAUUAUAUAGACAUCUAUAAUGAGAGGAAUAAUAACAGCCUUUUCUGUUGCUGAGACAGCCUUCUCUGCUUGUCAUCCUGUAAAGAAUGAUUAAUGACCUGAUUUGUUAAACAUGCCUUUUAUCGUUUUUGUUUUAAUCAGUGAAUGCAAACUUCAUAUUAUGUUCAUUUGGUUAUUCUAAUGUCUAAAAGAUUAGGUCUUCUACGUGUCUUUUCCCAGACUAUGCUAAUGAAGAAAUUUUCAAUCUACCAUCUGGUCAGGUAACUGAGUAUUUAUAUUAUAUUGGUGUUUUCCCGUAAGUGAGAUAUAAGUCAGCAGGACUAGACUCAGUUCAUAAUGGUCAUUUAUACAGUCAGUGCUCCUGGAGUUGGUGAAACAGUGGACUGACUCCAAUGAUUUAAAUGCAAAAUGCACUUCUCAAUAUACAACAUAACCACAGAACAAAGGAAAUUGUUGUUUGAUCUAUGGCUUGUACUACUGAUAUUUAUUUAUUAUUCAACUGUAAGACAAACCAUAGCUUUUGAAAAGUUUCCUCCCCAAAUUCUCAUUGUUACCUAAAAUUGGACUUUCAUUAUUCAUUCCAAAUUGCCUUGAGAAGGUGAUGAAAGCUAUCACCUGGAUUAGCUGGAAUGACCCCAAUGUAAGAGAUUUUUAAAAAUGAUUAUUUUCUUUGCAGCUGCCAUGGCAGAGGGUUCACAGAGCACUAACCUCUAUUACCACUGAGCAUUGUUCUGAUCCACCUGGAAAGUGUGCUGAUUCUUGAGCCUCACUGCACCCCGCCUUGCCACAAAAUUAAUGGUUUAAUCCAAGUACUGAGUCUUCAAUUUAUCAGUCUGAUGGAACCAUGUUAACAGAAAAUACUGACGAGGUUCCUGUAAUUAACAUAACUAUUGUUUAUUGCAAAUAAAUAAUUUCUAGUCGCUAUCAACAUUUAACUCUACCAGUUGAAAUUCUAACUCCCUUUUUAAAGCCCUUACGUACGUAGAAAAAUUAAUUGGAGACUUCUGGAAUUUUUGUAAAGCUUGCGGGGGGUGGGGUGGGGGGAACCCAUAGCUUAGAGAAGGAGACUUAUGGGUUUCAGCUUUUAAAUUGAUUGGGGCAAUCCUGUGAAGUAUUUAUGAUAUGGUGGGUGUAUAGACGAGUGCUUCCGAGAAGGGAACAAUAUAUAGUGAAUUUGUUUACAUCAGAUUGAAGAGUGUUAGUCCCAGAUCAGAAGUGUCGGGAGAAAACCCUGAAGAGGUAACUUAAAGCUGAAUAUAUUUAAGCAGGUGUCUGAUACUUCAGUCUAAAUGUUGAAGUGACAAAUGACUUAAAACUACUGAGGGAUUCUGGUGUACUAUUGUAUGAGUGGUGUUAUGAGUACUCACCAGGGGCCGUGUUUUGGGUAUGAUACAAAGCUGUUCUGUUUCUUUUUGAUUUAUAAAGGACUGUUUUAAGAUUAAUAGGAUUAUAGUUUUACUAUUUGUUUAAAAAUCUUUUGCGUUGUCUUAUAAGUAGAUUUCGGUUUAUUUUAUCUUCAUUUCUUUCGAUAAUAUAUUUCU